CCCAGAUCUCCAAUCCUCCGUUGAUAAGCUCCAGACCUUGAUCAUGGGAAGGAAGGCUUGUAUUGAACAGAAAAAUUUACCUUCAUGGUUUACUGUUACAGAGUAUAGACGGGGUACAGGAACUAUUUACAAGACAUAUUUUGAUACAUACAAUAAUCAGAUGUACCGAUCAAUAGAGGGAGUGGCAAGGGCUUUUGGACUUGGUGACAAGGACGAACCUGCUUUUCCGAAGCCUCUGAAUAUCAGGAAGGAAGACGGCUCAUGUGGAUCAUUACCUAUGAGGCCUUACACAAAAAUCCCUGCAAUCCCUGAGUAUGUUGGAAAGGACACUGCUAGUGAUUCACUCAAUUUGGAACAAGAAGAACUUAAAAAGUUUCCGUCAAAAGGAAAAGAACUUAAAGAGACUGGGGAUGUUGCAAGCACCAUGAAAGGAGAAGAAGAAAACGACAACGAUGAAGUUGGAUAUGCUGCAAGCAACUUGGAAAAUGAAGAAGAAAUGGCUAAGAAGAUCAAUGCUCCUUCUGCAGAUGCAGCAAGCAUGCAGGAUGAAGAUGUUGCUGGAGAAGUGAAGAAUCAGGACCAUGCUUAGAUUCAAGAUCAAGGCUUGACAUAUAUAUGGCAUAUGCCUCCUUCAAAUAAGAUCUAUGUCAUCAAAUUAUCACACAGUACAAUUACUGUGUUUGCGUUUCACAAUAAAGUAUGCACAGUGGUGUGCCACUUUUUACAUUGUUUUAUUGUCAAGGACAAUUGUUCAAG